AUGAACUCUUCUCUUCCAAAAACCUACAAGGCAAUUCAAUGCCUCAGCCCCAACAGCUCUUGGGAACUUGCCACACUUUCGCUGCGAGCCCCUGCCCCAUCAGAAGUGCUUGUGCGCGUGCACGCGUCUGGAAUCUGCAACUCCGAUCAUUUCAUUAAAGACGGAACCUGGCCUGGAGUUCAAUAUCCACGCGUUCCGGGCCACGAGAUUAUUGGCCGCAUCGCCGACGUGGGUACGGAGCUUCUAAGAACAUCUACAAACAAAGACCGCUUCAGAAUCGGCGCUUUGGUUGGUGUGGGUUGGAAUGGCGGUUAUUGCACCCAGUGCGACCUUUGCCGCAAGGGAGAAUUCUGGACGUGUCGGAAUGUGGAUUAUACUGGCUUCACAAUUGACGGAGGCCACGGCGAGUAUAUGUUCGCACCAUCAUCUGCCAUUAUUCACAUUCCAGAAGAAUUUCUGAGAGGCGCAUCUUAUGCUGAGCUUGCCCCGCUCUGCUGUGCCGGCGCAACUGUUUUUCAUGCCAUAUUGACCUCAAAAUGGUCUCCCGGGGACUUGUGUCUGGUCCAAGGGGUGGGAGGGCUAGGCCACUUGGCAAUCCAGUACGCCAACAAACUUGGAAUGAAGGUUUAUGCCGCCUCGUCGACCUCUUCAAAGCGUGACUUAGCUUUGUCUUUAGGUGCUUUGGAACAUAUUGACUCGAGCAAGAGAGAUGUUGUCGAAUAUGUGCAGUCUCUUGGAGGUGCAAACCUCAUUAUUUGCACUGCGCCACACUCGGACAGUAUCAGCGCAAUUCUUCCGGCUAUUGCGCAGAACGGGGUAAUCACACUAGUCUCCGCUGCUACGGAUGGAAAUAUUCAAGUCCCCAACCUCUUACUCAAUAUCAACCGUGCCACCCUACGUGGCUUUGCUUGCGGUUGUGCAGUGGACGCUGAAAAUUGCUUCAACUACUCUGCCAUCAAUAAGGUGAAGGCAGUGGUCCAGGAGUUUUCAAUUGAGGAGUUCACAGGUGCCUAUGACAGCGCCAUAAGUGGCACUGCAUGCGUACGCAAUGUUAUCGUAUUUCCUUAA